AUGGACUCCACUAGACCCCUGAAGACCAAAGUGAAGAUCACGUUCCUUAUCACUGUAGUGGGCAUCUCAUCCAUGCUGACGGCGAUCGUGACGGAUCAUUGGGCCGUGCUGAGCCCAAGGGUGGAACAGCUCAACACUACCUGCGAGGCUGCCCACUUCGGGCUUUGGAGGCUUUGUAAGAAGAGCAUUUUUAUUGUGGAGGAAGACCCUGAAGGCAAAGGUUGUGGCCCUAUUAGCCUGCCUGGAGUCAAGAACUGCUCCUACUUCAAACACUUCACGUCAGGGGAAGAGGCUGAAGUUUUUGAAGUCAAGACUCAAAAAGAGUACAAUAUCUCAGCAGCUGCUAUUGCCAUCUUCAGCCUGGCCUUCAUGAUCCUGGGGAGCUUGUGUGUACUAGGAGCCUUUGGAGGAAGCAAGGACUACCUGUUAAGACCAGCUGGCAUGUUCUUCGCUUUUGCAGGUCUCUGCAUCGUCAUUUCAGUGGAGGUCAUGAGGCAGUCGGUCAAACGCAUGAUCGACAGCGACGAAACCAUCUGGAUCGAGUACUACUAUUCGUGGUCCUUCUCGUGCGCCUGCGCAGCCUUCAUCCUCCUCUUCAUCAGCGGGAUCAGCCUGCUCAUCAUCUCCAUGCCCCACAUGCCGAGGAACCCGUGGGAGACCUGUAUGGACGCCGAGCCCGAACCUAUAGACUAG